GGUGAGUCACUGUAAAGAUUUCACUCUGUGUGUGUGUGUGUGUGGGUGUGUCGCUCCUUUAACGUUCCCAGAUCAGCAGAGUGGGUCAAGUCCUGCUGAUGUGUCACAUGACCCGCUGGGUUUUCAGUGCGGAAGGAAGAGACAGAUGACGCAGCAGGCGCGAUGAAAGUGUCCGCGGCAAAAACUCUUACCAAACACCGGUGAAUGCGGCGGGGCCGUGGAGCUUUCAGGGGACACCGACACUGACACUGGAGAGACAUGACGGCACCGUCCACGCAGUGAGUUACGACUCAAUGCAUGUGGAGUUCAUGGCGUAAGUAGAAUACCCCAGUGCAGCAGGACAGGGGUGCAUCUGUGGGCCAGAUGAAGUGUUUAUUGAUAGCCAGUGAGAGCGCCGAGGUCCUCUUCCACUGGACCGACCCAGAAUUUCAGCAGAGCAUCCAGCAGCAGUAUGGCGCGUCUCAGGAGGAUGGCCAGGGGCUUCCAGCCUUUGAGGACAGCAUCAGCACUCUGUUUGCUCCCAUCAUUAUCUCCUGCAGCACCAUGGUGGACAGGCUCGGUAACGGCUACACCUCCUUCACCACGGAAAACCACCACAUCUACGUCCUUCACCAGUUCGACGAGUGUCUCUACAUUGCCGUGAACGGGGACGGCGAGGAGGGCGAGGACACUCUGAGGAGGAAGAUCUACGUGAUGAAGAAAAUGAUUGAGGUGCAGUUUGGUAUGGUCACCCUCAGCAGCCACCUCCUCAGAAAAGAGCUGCGUCCUCAGGACACGGAGCAGAGAUCACGCCUGUGGAAGCAUCUCCAGAGCCUCCUGGAGACCUACAGCUACCUCAGGGAGAACGACCAGAGCUUCUUAGUGGAGGCAGUGGAGAGGCUCAUCCACCCCACACUGUGUGAGCAGUGCAUCGAGUUCCUGGAGCGACGUUUAGUUCCGCAGCUCAACAGCAGUGUGGAGAGAGCGGGAGAGGAGGUGCUGCACGCUUUCAUCCUGGUACACACCAAACUGCUGGCCUUCUACUCCAGCCGCAAUGCGAGCACACUCGCCACCUCUGACCUCCUGGCCAUUAUCAUCAUGGCACAGAAUAUGUAUCCUAGCGACGUAGACCUGGAUGACGCCGGUCCUGAGGAUGUUGAGAGUACUUCAGGCUCCGGUCCUGAAAGUUUUUACACCCCAGAGCCCUCACCUACAGACAGAGACUCGAGAAGUUCAGGCGAAACUGUAUAUUCUGUAUUUUUUGUCUCUGCAGACAAAUCAGAGACAGGAGGAAGCGCCCCUAUGUUUGAGUUCAUGGACCCAGACGUCCAGAUGGCAGAGGACAGCCUGCAGGCUCUGGAAGUUCCUCCUCCGGACCCUUCCAGCCCUCGUAGAGUCUUCUUGGAGAUCUCUAGCAAAGAAGGGCUGUAUCCCAUGAUGCCUCACUCCAUGUACUGUCUGCCCCUGUGGCCUGGCAUCACACUAGUGCUGCUCACGAAGAUUCCCACCAGUGCAGUCGCCAUGUCCGUGUAUAAGUUUUUGGAGGCCUUCGCCAAGCUUGACAAGUGUUUAAGUGAAGGCCACGACAGUUCUGCUGCGACCAGAGGUCAGCUGGUGAUACAUGACAUCCGCAGCAAGCUGGAUAAAUUCAUCAAAGCCCUGGGUCCUAGUGAGCUACAGUCUGCACAGUUGUUAAAUGUCUGGACGGAGUUCAAGAAUCGAGCUUUUGCAAGAGGUGGACCUGGUUUCAACAGAGGUCUUAUUCCAUGGUGUACGAAAAUGAAGACCCAGCUGUGCGGCAUAUACCGACAGUGUUUUCUGUCCGCCUCUGGACCAGGUGACUUUCCUCAACGUCUGCCCCCGAGUCUGCAGGAGCGAGCCCAGACGAUGGUGCAAGAGAAAUUGAUGGACUGGAAGGACUUCCUGUUGGUGAAAAGCAAGAGGAAUAUCACAAUGGUGUCUUACCUGGAGGAUUUCCCGGGCCUGAUCCACUUUAUCUGUGUGGACCGAUCCACUGGCCAAAUGAUUGCGCCGUCACUCAGCAUCACCGAACGCACCACGUCUGAACUGGGGAAGGGACCGGUGGCUCAGUUCAUCAAAAGCAAGGUUUGGAGCCUGGUCAACACAACGCGCUGCUUUCUUCAGAAGGGUUAUUCUACUGUCACGCUGCGCGACGGAGACUUUUACUUCUGCUACUUCCUGUGGUUUGAAAAUGAAACGGGCUACAAGUUAGAAGCUGGUGACUUACCCGUUCUACCUGACGACUCCGCCCCAAUUGGCAUGCUUGCCUGGGACUACUACAGGAAGCUGCAGCGCUUUUACAGUAAGAAUCACCAGGGCGAGGUGGUGAGGUGCUACGAGCUGCUGACCGUUCACCUGGGUGUCAUCCCCUCGGAGCUCAUCCUGCAGCACUGCAGGCAGCUCGCAAGCAAACUGUGGGAGCCAUCGCGCAAUCCACUGCUGUAGACACGGCCGCACAUUUGAACUGAGUCACGGUAGCUACUGUAAGGUACUCAGCAUUACUGCGUUACGACUGCCAAGAACACAUUAUUGUGUAUUUCUCUCUCUCAUGCGUGUACGAGGUUAUUAAUCUUGUGAUACGGUGACCUAAAAUAGUAUAUUUCAAGCACUUAAGUUUACAGUGAGCACAGUUUUACAUGAAGUGUUUUGACGAUAUCGUGCCUUCAAAUUUGUAGCUUGACCUCUUUUCCUGUUUUUUUUCAAUACUGUAACUGUUUUUUUUUCCCACUUUUUGAAAUUUCCACUCAUUAAUUUUUACAAAUGUCAGGUACUGGCCCAUUUCCUUGUGUCAUAACUUGUGUAAAUUAAACAAUGCAAUAAUA